AGGAAGGUCUCCAAAGUUUUUAACAAAGCAACAUGCUACCAGUAUCUAGCUAGUAGCAGUAGAACAGUAUCGUUUUAGCAAUCAAGAGAAGCCAUGCCCACGGACCGUCUUGUCAAAGGCAUCUUCACUACUCGUGUGUUUCUCUUCUCUAUCAUUAUCAGUACAAGUAUCAUUAUUCUUCCAUUUACCGAGGCUUUAACGUCCAGCAUGACAACAUCGUCCAACAAUGACUUGAUGUCGGUUUUGAAAGAAACCUUUCCUCACUUGGUUUCGUACGAAAGCACCAAGACCAUCUCUCAAGCCAAUGCUGAAGGUCAACGCCUCGUCCUGACGUUGCACGAAGAAGAAGCCAAUGCUCCUUACGAUCACGCCGUGUUUGUCAAACGAGUGGUUGCUUCCGACUAUAUUGGUACCAAAAAGGAUUGGGCUGACCUGCGACGAACACUGCUCUACAUGAGGACCGAAGUUCGGUUCUACAAGGAGAUUUUGCCAGUCUUGCAGAAGACCUUAUUGGGAGCUAAUGACAGUCCGAGUACGAGUACUACUACUAGUAGUAUAGCACCAAAAAUCCAUUUGGCCCAACAUUCGUUAGAGAAAUUCAUCCCCGACGACGAGAGUGGAUUGGCACCGGCGGGAGCUCCUCCAGCUAUUUACGAAGAAUACCAACGGGAUCCCACCAUUCUUCCAGCUGGUUCUGGUGAAAUUAUCAUGGAUUGUGUCAGUGACGCCGACUAUUUUCAGGCAUCCCCCAUUUCCAUAGAUCAGGCCAAGCAAUGUCUGACGGCCGUGGCCCAACUUCAUGCCGCCGCUUGGGAGAACCAACCCUUACUCGAACAAUGCACCCAACGACUGUCUCUGGCCAGUUUUCAUUUGCAAGUGCGAAAUCCAAAAGAGCUGGCUGGAAUGGAAGCUUCCUGGGAACACUUUUCCACGCAAUUUGCUACUGCACUCGACGAGGCCGGCUUGUCGGAACGAACCAAAACACUGGGGGCACGAAUCCAACAAGCGGCCAAAGCAAUAUCGCAACAAUUAUCACCACAAUAUAAUGAACCCUACGCCACACUGAUCCAUGGAGAUUACAAGGCCAUGAAUGUCUUUUUGCCAAAAGAUCCUUCCACCAAUAACAAUGCACUCUUGGUAGACUUUGCAUCGACGGGAAUUGGCCUGGGCGUUUCGGACGUGGCCAUGCAUAUUCAUCAUGCCGUGAUACCGGCGGAUUUGGCCAAUGGUGGGGAAGAAGCCUUGGUCGAUCAUUAUUGGCAGGAAUUGGACAAGCUAUUACAAGAACGAGGAAAGAACUAUCCUCGCGACGUGGCCAUGAAACAGUAUCGCCUGGCAGUGAUUGACUAUGGAAGGUUUGUGCUCGGGAGAUUUUGGAAGACGGCUACUCCCGAAACUUUUGCCAAACGCAAGGACAGUCCCAAUACAACCUUGAUCAAUCGCAAUGUAGAGGCCGCCAUGGCCUUUAUCGAUCGAAUGGAACGAUACUUGACGGAAUUUGAACAGGAACAGGCUACUGCAAAGAAGAGCGAGUUAUGAUGUAUGGUGAUCAAAUAAUAAUGAAUCAAUCAAUCAAUGCUAAAGUACAUUGCCCUAGCUAGUAGCUAGUAGUUUACAUGUACAUGUAGCUUUGGU